UCAUGUAGGUACUCUGUGCUCUGGCCUCUCCAGACUCCACCUGACGUAUGUCAAAUUUGCUCUGUGAUUUUUAAUAAGCAGUAAGCACCACAGCUAAGCACAAAUAUACAAGAUCUGUAAUCUGUUAGGUACGAUUUACGAAAUCACUGUAUUCUGCUCUGAACUUGUACAAUCAUUUUUAAAGAUUCCUUGCUUUUUUCAAUUAUUUUUAUACGUAUCGUUAAGAUGCGUAUAAACAAAAUCUUACAAAAAUUUGAAUUGUUUCUCGCCUUUUAAAAGUUGUCACCACUACACGCUUAAGAAUCAUUGCCCCCGCCAGAUCAGACAACCCGUUACAAUGUCAGCAUCUAAAAGAUUUCGUUGCGAUGAGGAAACUGGGGAAAUAAUCACCUAUUUUGUCAAUGAAGAAACUGGAGAACCGACUAUGGUUUUUAAAGAUGCACCAAUUUAUUCGAUUCAAGAGUCGAGAAAAAAACGGAAGCCCGUUCGUUUUCCACGUGGACAUAUGAGUAAAACCAAAAAAUUCCAAACUUUGAAAGCAAACAUUUUGGCCGGAUCAAAUACUAUAAGUCACAGGCUGCUACUCAUAAUACCUACUCUCAUGAUAUUCCCCAGCCUUGUUUGUGUGUUACUUAUGUUACUAGAACUAUUUCUCCAUGUUCGCUGUCACAAAAAGAACAAGAUACUUAAAAAUCCAAAUCUAUACUACCGAAGUCCUUUUCAUGUUGUUACCAGCAUAUUUUGUGGAGUUUGUCGUGAUUGUGAUACAGCAAGUAAAAUAACAGCAUUGCAAGAUAAAAGACGUUAUCGCUAUGAUUAUUUUAAAGGCUCCCUUCAUGCGCUAUAAAUUUCAAAUUAGUUUAAAAUAAGUUGUUAAAAAAUGUGAUGGUAUCUUAAUUUAGACAUUUGUUUUAUGACACAAUAUAUAAGAUUUUAAAACUCAAUAUUUUACCUUCAUUGGCCUUUGUCACAAGUGUUAUGUAAAAACAGAUUUUAACAGAAGCAAAACUGCAUAAAAAUCAUUUGAAAUGGCUCACUGACGCAAACAUAUGCAUCAACAAUUCUUCACCUCCUUGCUUCCUCCUUGUCUUGUUGAUCAUAAGUAAUAGUUGAUGUGUCUGUUUGUGUGAGUCACUCUAAACAAAGUUUUUCUACUUUUUUAUCUCUUUACUGUUCUUCUACUUCUACUGAAUAAAAUAUUUAUAAUUUUAUUGAAAAGUGACAAAAUAUUUAAGACUAAUAAAUUAGUAGUAGGAAGUAUAUUUUGGGAAGGGAAUCUCAAAUAAAUUUAACUACUCCUGAUUUGUUUUGAAUUGCUUUGCUCUCUAAUGUUAAUUAAUAUGAUUAGUUCCAUGUUCCAAAUAAGACUUUAUGAAAAGUUAUUUUGUUAUAUUUGAAAGAAUAUAUUUUGUGAAAAUAUUUUUUAUGCAUUAUUAUACUAUGGUUGUCAGGGUGUUGGUUGUUUGGUGCAGGGAAUUUUGCAUUGUUUUAUAUCUUUAUUAUAAUUUUGUUACAUUUAUUAAAAAAUCAUGUGAA